AUGCUGCCCCAACAACCACCAAAACCAACAACACCGCAAGAUAAUGGCCAUCAGCGUGAUGAUCGUCGUGGGGAUGAUGAUGGUAUUCAUCAGCAAAAAACUGUAACAGAAAAUCUUUUUAAAUCAAAUAAUGAUAAGAAUGAUGGAAAGUCGGAUGAAAAAUCAGUAUCGGAGGAAGGAGUUUUGAAAUUUUUGCAAAAUGAGAAUAGAUACCACAAUCCUUUUAUAACACAAUUUGUUGGAGAGCCUACUUCUUCUUCGGAUGGAAAACUUUUAACCCAACAAAAAAGAAAAUUUACAAAAGAAAAGAAAAGUGAUGAUUCAUCAACAGAGUUAUCCUUUCGCUCCUUGUCUGACUCGGAGGAUCAUGAUGAUAGUGAUGGCUCUCACAGACCACCUCCGGCAUUUGCACCCUCUAAAAAGUACCGAAAAAUUAUCAGCUCUUCGCGUAGUAGUCAUUACAACAAUUUACAACAAAAACAACAAGAAGAGAAUUUAAAUGUUCUUGAAAGCAAUCCAAUGGUGUUUGCAAACCAAUAUGACAGUGAGAACGACGAAGAGGUAGAGGAAGAAUAUGAAUCAAUGGCUCCAUACAGAACAACCACACUUUCCACUCUCAUCACAGAGUAUCAUCUAGAGGAUUGGGUUAAAAAGCAUAGUAUUUGUGAAAAGACACCCAAGGACACUCUAAUUAUUAAUCUAUUUAUGACCAAUAGACAUGUCAUUUCAACGCUGCAAAAAUUAAGAUUGCGCCAUGGAUUGGAAAUUGAGUUUGGAUCUAAUUUGUUUUACAAUGUUUGGGAGUUUUCACAACGACGACUCUUUUCUCAAUUAAUGUUAGGACUUUCUCCAAAGUUAUAUAUGGAAAAUGUUGAUCAUUUGAAAUCAUACUCCGAGGCGCAACCAAGCUCAAAAUUUCUUAAACAGGUUGUUGAGAAUUACUUUGUAAAGAAACAGUGUGUUAUGGCAGAGUUAGAGAAGCUUAAAAUUACAGAAGAUUUGAGUAGUAGCGAAGAAUUGAAACGGGUUGCCCAAUUUGUGAUCCAAUCCAAACAAAAAAGAAAGUUCAAAAUCUUUACUUGUUGUAUGAUUGAAUGGAGCGAAGAAAUAGACGUCAUGAGCACAGGAGAUAUGUCUGGUAUUUCGGUCGGUAGUCUUAAAAGCAUUAAUUUCGAAAAUGGCCAAAACUUGGACUCUCAUACAGACACUAUGCACAUGUUAUCCGCAACAAUCCUAAAUACAGAUACGAAUAGUGACACUGGAUCAUCAGGACGACAUAUGAGGUUUUCAGACGAUGAUCCUUCAGAUCCUGAAGUCCAACAAAUAGCAGAUCUUAGAUACAAUGAAAGAAGAUAUAAAAAUGCUCUCUACAAACUCAAUAGAUGGAAGACUGAGGGAGCCUAUUUAAGAAGAAUACAUAUUGGUCCAUGGGAAGAUGCAGAAGGAUAUACACGAAAAGCGUCUUUCUCUCCAAACAUGUUCUAUGAUGGACAAUGCAGAAUCAAGUGUGCUCCAUUGUUGAAAAAACUAUACUAUCGAUUUUUUACCUAUGUACCUAAAUUCUUGGAUAUUGAGCAAGUGCUAGAGUUAUUAUUGAUAGAAAAUGGUGAAAAUCGCUCGUCCUCAUUACCACCUCAAUAUUCAAAGCUGGAAAAACACAUUUUUAGUGAGUUGGAUAGAUUUAAAGUCAGUUAUUGUCUAAAAAUGGAGAUUUGUUUCGAAGAUAUUUGUGGUAUUCACAUCCAAAAAGUACCAAGUGGAAAUCGAAAUUGGGCCCUAAUGGUCUUGAAAGUAUCUAAAAAACCCAACUUUUACAUACGCAGAAUUAUGUGUACCGACACAGAAAAGAAUCAAAUAAGACAAAGGGCGAUUGAUUUUACUCCAAAUCAUGUCGCUUCGAAAUAUGACACUCACUAUAUUAUUGGAGAUGAAAGAGAGUUAAAACGUAUACUGGCACUAAUGAUUGAGGCCGAUAAGGACACAGGGAAUAUUGAGCGUCUCUAUCAUGAAGGUUUGUCAGAUAUUUCCUUCCCAACAAAACCAGCUUGGGAAAUCCCUGAAAUAACACCAAACAAUGCAAGUACUUCCACCACGAAUGAACUGGCUUAUCCAUUGAAAUUUUCUCUCGAGCCAGGAUUUACUCUCAAAGAGGACGAGGAAGAAGAACGACAAAACGCGACACACUAUCGAACUGAGGAUGGUAUUUUACCGUUCAGCGUUACCGUUGCAAAUUUUGACCAAGAAACAAGAAGAAAAUACGAAAGAGUUCAAUUGGACUUGACUGAUAUUGAACAUGCAAGUUAUUCAGCAGAAGUUGCUGAUGAAUGUUUUAUUCAAUAG